UGUCGAGAUUGUUCAUUUUUUUCGACAGUUAAAUUUUCAAAUAUACCAGUAUUACCCAAUGUAUUACCAGUGUCCUCGUACUCCUCAGUCCCCGAGCAAAGCAAAGUGCAAACCAAACCAAUCGUCAGCAGGAAUCACAAAGAAGACGUAGGAAUGUAGGAGUAAUUUAUGGGUAGAGAAUACCAAAGGAUCAGUGCAAUUUUAAUCAAAGAUUUUUAACAAAUUAUAAUGAGUAACGAACAUUCGACAUCAACUCAGGAGUCCCAGGCCGAAGGCAUUGAAGGCGGUCUAAACCUGAAUAUGGACGCCUUGGAAGAGCUUGACUUUGAUAUCCCUAUUGUGGAAAGUCCUUCAUUAGUAGUGGCCAAUUCAUUGAAAAGACUCAAACUAACUCCGAAAAAUAAUAGAAUUGAUCAAGAUGUUCAAAGAGGAGUGAUCAAGGACGCUGUGGAGAAAUCUUCAGAAGAAGGCAACUUGGUUGGUGAUUUUUCUAAAGAAUAUGCUUUGCCUUUGAUCGAAGUUACCCAAUCUGAGCUGAAAAUGAUUUCUGGGGAGACAAUGAAGGACCUUUUAGAUGGGAAAUACAAGGAUUUGAUUCAAUCGUUUCAGAUAAUCGACAGCAGAUAUCCAUAUGAAUACGAAGGAGGCCAUAUUCGCGGAGCAAUAAACAUCUACACCCAAGAAUCUUGCCUAAAACUACUCGACAAUUCUCCACAUCCAAAAGACACAAGACACAUCUUAAUAUUCCAUUGCGAAUUCUCCCAAGAAAGAGGCCCCAGCAUGAAUAGAACCUUGAGAAAAGAAGACCGCACUAGAAACGCCAUGAAUUACCCAAAGUUGAAUUAUCCAGAAAUGUACGUUUUGGAAGGCGGUUACAAAAAGUUUUUCCAGGAAUUUUCCGAAUAUUGCGAGCCGAACACUUAUAGGCCGAUGUUGCAUCCUGAAAAUUUGGACGAUUUGAAAUUUUUCAGGAGGAAGAGUAAGAUUGAAACAAUGGGAACUAGCAAGAAAUGUUUCAAAGGAGCGGGAAAUUCUAAAGUUGUUAGGAGGACAUUAUCAGAUGACUUUUGUUAGGAAGUUUUAAAUUUACUUUCAAUACAACCCAAGUACCCACCCAGUGAUUCUUGCUAAUUUUUAAUAAAAGUAAAUUUUGGCUUUGCCCAGCUCUGUAAUGUAUAAGGUUUUAGUUAAGGUAGGAAUAUAAUUUAUUGUAAGAUUAUAAAUAAAUUUUCAUAUUUUUGA